AUGGAAGAAAAUGAUUUAAAGCGGUAUGACGAUGUUGUUAUCCAGUCAGGAAACGCAACAGAUAUUCUAAGGAAUGGAUUCAAGAUAUUUCCAAUUAAAGAGGUGAAUAUGUUAAACACAUAUAUGACACAAGAGGCUCGAAACGUUAAGAAUUUUAAAAAGGGAACAACAACAUUAGGGUUUAUUUUUGAUCAAGGAGUUAUACUUGCAGUUGAUAGCAGGGCCUCGAUGGGUCCUAUAGUCUCAACUCAGAACGUCAGCAAAGUCAUUGAGAUCAACUCUUAUCUCUUGGGAACCAUGGCAGGUGGAGCAGCAGACUGUUCAUACUGGGAAAGACAUCUUGCAAAGCUCUGCAGAUUACAUGAGCUUAGAAAUCAGUGCCGGAUCUCUGUUGGAGCUGCUUCACAGAUUCUAGCAAACAUCUUCUACUAUUUCAAGGGCUAUGGACUAUCAGCUGGAACAAUGAUUGCUGGAUAUGAUCUGAACGGACCUGGGCUAUAUUAUGUCAGUAGUGAAGGCGAGAGGGUCAAGGGAAAGCUAUUUAGCGUAGGCUCAGGCUCCUUGUUUGCUUACGGUGUUAUUGACCAGGGAUAUAGAAGUAAUAUGACACUUGAAGAAGCAGUAGAGCUUGGAACAAGAGCUAUUUACCAAGCUGGACAUAGAGACGGUUUUUCAGGAGGAUUUGUUAACUUAUACCAUGUUCAUAAGGACGGCUGGACCAAGAUUGUUGAUCGUCGAGACAUUAACGAGCUCCAUUAUCUAUAUGCUGAUAAGAAAGGUAAUAAGAGACACAUUAGAUCAAUAUAUCUAUAA